CACACACACACACACACACACACACACAUUCUCUCACAAACUCGGAUACGUACAUAAAAACUUUCAUAAAGAAACUCGUCACUGUGGAAUUUUUUUGCAAUCAUUUUUGAAAAAAAUAUAUAUAUUUUCGUUAAAUGUCAUAUUAAUAUCGUCGUUUGGUCAGUUUAGAAACUUUAUAAGGUCAAUUAUGGCAACAGAAUUGGAUUGUACUGCGACGGGACAGAAUGGAAGUAACUUUUUGGAUACCUUCCAGUUAGUGGAAUCUCUGGAAGACCGGCCACCGGUACCUAACCACCUGUUAGACACCAAGAUUUUCCGGAAAACUGGUCAGGAGAGUAAAACAUUGUUAGCUGCUCCUGUUGAUGUUCACUUUGAGAUAGUCUGCUUGGAGAAAAAAUGUUCAAAACGUCUCAGUCUCAUGAACCUUACCCCAAAACUCAUCAGCAUUCAAAUUUUACCACCACAAACAAAGUACUUCAAAAUACACUAUGAGAAGUCCGGCCACUUAGGUCCUGGAACACAAAUGUCGUGUCAAGUGGAAUUUGUUCCAACGGAAUGGAGAUAUUACUAUGAUUGCAUCAGAAUUCAUUGUCUGAGAUGA